CGAUCGGUGUAUUUGUGGGCAUCGAGUGAUCGCACGUCCGAUGAGUGACUCAAAUGCGGUGGGAGUGGAGGCGCCGGACGGCGAGUGCUGUGGAGAGCCAUACAAUGGCGGCUCUAUUGAGACUCAGAGCUCCACUCAAAGCGACAGCAGUUUGCAUGACAUGAAUGAUGUGAGCGAACAGUCCGGACAGUCGGCGCCCGUCUCCCCCAACGCCACCCCCAAGAGUGCCGCCAAACGCCGGGGUAGACCCCAGGGCUCCACCAAAAAGGAGAAAUGUGUGCUUCAAAUGGUCGAUCAGCUCAUACUCGACGACGAAGAUCUGAGUCGACGUCGAAGCAGUCGUCUCAAGACAAUUGAGGCCCGAAAAGGACAGGAGAGGGAGAGGUUUGCCGACGAGACCAGCGGUGACUCCAGUAUUGUGAACGCCUCCGACCCUAACGAGUCUCAGCACUCACUCAUCGACUCGUCCUCCGUGUCCACCAAAUUGAAGAAGAAGAAGAAGUCCAAGAAGAAUAAGAAUAGGGAUAAAGACAUGGAUUGUAAACAUAAGGGCAAACAUAAGAAGAAGUCCAGUGAAGACAAACACCACUCAUAUGAUGACCACAACAGUGAUAAGUGUAAGACACAAGACAUUUAUAACAAUAAGCACUCGUCAUCGCAGGACAGCUUCACGGCUCCCCUCCCGCCCUCCCAUUACGCCAACAUUCGCCACAACCAGUCGUCGGCGCAGUCGUCUAAUGCGGACGACUCGUCGCCGCGACCCGAGAAAGUCAAGUCUCGGUGGCGGCGAUGCAGUGAACUCGAGUGGGGACACGAGUUAGGCGCAGGCGAGCACCAGAAGCCAAACGCACAGUCCGUUCCCAUUGUCAUACCGAAGGAGACUGAACCUCACCCUCAGUUCGAUGCCAUCGACGAGAAUAUCUACUUAUUUGAAAGGCGCAAAUCUAAGAGUAAGAAAGAGACGCGAAGAAUGGUUUGCGACUGUAUUCUCACCAAAGAGGAGAGAGUGAGGGGUUUGAUUGGAUGCGGCGAAGACUGUCUCAAUCGGAUGCUUAUGAUUGAAUGUGGUUCCCGUUGUUCAUUGGGUGAUCACUGCGCCAACAAACGCUUCCAAAAGCGUCAAUCCGCAAAAGUGGAGCCCUUCCGGACCGCUAGAAAGGGAUGGGGUUUACGGACGUUAGAGCCCUUACAACCAAAUACAUUUAUUAUGGAAUAUAUCGGCGAAGUGAUAGAUCCGCUCGACUUUCACAACAGAACCCAAAAGUAUUCAAAGGAGAAGAGAGAACAUCACUUCUUUAUGGCCCUCAAGAGCGAUGAGAUAAUCGACGCCACCGUCAAAGGCAAUAUCACACGAUUCGUGAACCAUAGCUGCGAUCCCAACAGCGAAACACAAAAAUGGACUGUGAACGGAGAGCUUAGGAUCGGGUUCUUCACCCAACGCUUCGUUCAGGCGGGAGAAGAGAUUACGUUUGACUAUCAGUUCCAACGAUACGGAAAAGAGGCGCAAAAAUGUUAUUGUGAUGCAAUCAACUGCAGGGGUUAUAUCGGCGCCACAGAAAACGCUAACAUAUUGACUGACGGCUCAAAGAUUACCACAAAAUUGCGCGAAGAAUUGGAUGAAUCGCUAGAAGAUGAGGAGGUUCUUGAAGAUCUCGCCCUCGAGGAAGAGAUCGCUAAACUGUCAGAAGGCGGAGGUCUCCGCAAUCGACAGCAGGUCUUAAUGUUGGCCCGACUUAUGGUUCGCGCCGAAGACCCGGCGUCAAGGAUUAAGUUAAUCAAUAUAAUUAAGGGAACGGUAGAAAUGGCAUAUUUGCGACUCCUUCUCGACUAUCACGGCUUGCAAUUGGUGUGGAGUUGGAUGGUUGAGGUGGAGGACUGGGAGCUCAAGGCAGCCAUUUUGGAACUAUUAGAGAUAUUACCGAUUCCUAACAAAACAAUGCUAACCGAUAGCAAAGUCUUUUCAGUGGUCGAGCGUUGGUCUCAACAGACUAACGAACCACUCAUUCAAAGCAUCGAUACUCCGAUGGCGUUGUUAUAG